AUGGUGAACUCUCGAGGUGAUUCUCGCCUUGACGCGGUGGAGAAGGCAAACGAGGAACUCAACGAACGGGUCACAUCAUUGGAGUCCAAGCUCGACUCCUUGUUGGCCGUAGUGCGCGCGGGAUUCGCGUCCCUCACCCCCGGUACCAAGGUCCCUCCGGAAGACGAGGCUUCCUCCGGGAACCGGGAAUCAAAUUCGGUUUCAACUGGCAACCAGCCCCCAUCCCCUAUGCCGACGUUUGACGGCACCGACGCCCUCGCAUGGUUGGCAAGGGCGGAGCAAUACUUCCUGAUUUCGGAUACGGCGCCCGAGAAGCGGGUGGGCGUAGCCAUGGUGGCGCUGGCUGGCGCCGCCCUCCCCUGGUAUCAGCUUCUGCGGAGACGGAAUCCAGACCUCUCCUGGGCCCGGUUUGCUCGUGAGCUGAUGAAGCGUUUCGGGGGAAAUGGGGCCCUGGACGAGUACGAGGCCUUUGCAGCAGUCCGGCACACGGGCUCCCUCGCAGAAUAUGUAGCGGCAUUCGAGGCACGCCUCGCUCAGGUACCAGAUAUAGCCUGCCACCAGUACCUCGGUUUCUUCAUGGCAGCCCUCCGGCCGGAGGUACGCCUCCAGAUGAAGGCCGCAAAGAUCACAUCUUAUGAAGAUGUUGUCGAGUUGGCACUGGACAUAGAUGUGCUCGCAUCACAGCAACCUCCGAGGACUGCCCCUGCCCCCUCCCACACGGUGUCGCAGCCCUACACCGGGCACCAGCGUCGCCCGUCGACCACCGGUUACUCAAGCGCGCCCUCUCCGCUCCCUUCCACAGGCUCGUCCCGGCCAAUAUCCAAACGCUUCCGGAAUAUCUCCCCGGAAGAAUAUAGGCGGCAUAUCGCGGCUGGCACCUGUGUCAAGUGCGGCCUCAAGUUUAGCCCGACUCACAAGUGCCCGCCCAAGACCCUCAAUGUCCUCAUCUGCGACGACGACGAGCUGCCAACUGAGGACCUGGAGCUCGAGGAGGAGCUGGAAGAUGCAAGUAAACCGGAGCUCUCCGUCCUAUCCCUACAUGGCCCGGACACGGCAAAUACCAUGAAAUUGUUCGGCCAUGUGGGGCAGCAGCAGGUCAAGAUAAUGGUGGAUAGCGGGGCAAACUACUGUUUCAUCUCCGAGCAAUGCGUCCAACAGCUCCAACUGCGGAUCACCCCAACGUCUCCCUACUCCGUCGUCCUAGGGGAUGGCUCCACGCGGCGUGCGGCUGGAAUCUGCAAAGGGGUCACGGUUACAAUGGCAAACGAGGACUUCACCAUAUCUUGCUAUGUACCCGUGGCCCUUAAGGGAAACCCAUCACUCAUGCGGCGGGCCUGCUCCACCGGGGACCUCCGUCGCUUGGAGGACGGCGACUGCGGUUGGAUCCUCCACUCCAUCGACACCACGCCGUCGGCAUCCCCCUUCGGCAUCGACCCGGCCCUGUCGGCCAAGGCCACCGACCAAUUACGGCAGCUGAUCAAGCAAUUCCCCGCGAUCAUGGAAUCCGCGUCCAACCUACCGCCCCGCCGCCAGAUUGGCCACAAAAUACCACUUCUACCCGGUACGGCACCCGUCUCCGUUCGUCCAUAUCGUUACAAUCAUCUACAGAAAGACGAAAUGGAAAAACUCGUGGCAGAAAUGCUGGAGUCAGGCGUAAUUCAGCCCAGCACGAGUCCAUUCUCCAGCCCGGUACUCCUCGUUCGCAAAAAGGAUGGCUCUUGGAGGUUCUGCGUGGACUACCGGGAGUUGAACAAACGAACGGUUCCGGACAAGUACCCUAUUCCGGUGAUACAGGAACUGCUGGACGAGCUACAUGGGGCCCGUUAG